CUCGGGCCAUGGGACAAGCUCAUGUCCAAACCCGUUCCAAAAUUUCUUUUUGUCAAACUACUUCGUUAAGUAGUGAGUUGAUGGCAGUUUGAGAUGGAUCACCGAUAUUCAACCAGAAAAAUGCGGCUGGUUUGUUGGGUAUGGUGGGCAUUAGUUGGUAUUUUAGUUUUUGGUUCCGCGUCGUCCCAGGAUCCGGAGCUUAGCUCUCCUCGUGUUGUUUUCCAGACUAAUUAUGGUGAUAUCGAAUUUGGGUUCUUCCCAAGUGUUGCUCCAAAAACUGCUGAACACAUUUUCAAGCUUGUUCGAUUGGGUUGCUAUAACACUAAUCAUUUUUUCAGGGUUGAUAAAGGAUUUGUUGCACAAGUGGCUGAUGUUGUGGGUGGAAGGUCUGCUCCUAUGAAUGAAGAGCAAAGGCUUGAGGCUGAAAAAACUGUGAUUGGUGAAUUUAGUGAUGUCAAACAUGUCAGGGGCAUUCUUUCUAUGGGAAGAUAUGCUGAUCCAAAUAGUGCGUCAUCUUCAUUCUCAAUACUUUUGGGAGAUGCCCCUCAUCUUGAUCGUCAGUAUGCAAUAUUUGGUAAAGUUACAAAAGGUGAUGAGACUUUGAAAAAGCUUGAGCAACUCCCCACUCAUAAGGAGGGGAUCUUCGUAAUGCCAACCGAACGCAUUACAAUCCUGUCGUCGUACUUUUAUGAUACAGAAAUGGAGAGCUGUGAAGUGGAGAAGUCAGUCUUGAAACGAAGGCUUGCUGCAUCUGCUGUUGAAAUUGAAAGACAGCAGAGGAUGAAGUGCUUCCCAUGAUCUAGCAAGCAAGAUGUGGUCUUGAAGGAAAAGACUCAGAACAGGCAUAACACAUGAAGAUUAAUGUUGUUUGUAGUCAUGUAUGAACUUUGAGGAGAUCGAUUAUUCAGCACUAGCCUAAAUGUAGUCUAUAUUCCAUAACAUUGAUGAAAUUUGAAGCCCUUACUCUGAGAAUUAAGUUACUCUCUGAAAUUUGUACAUAUUCAUAAAAACAACUAGCUGUGAUGACAAUCGUAUGCAUAUUGAACAGUGCCA